UUGAUUCGGAGCAGCCCUGGCGCGUGCAGUCCAUUCCUUCACGGAUCCUCACCGUGUUUUGCGGGACACCCCCGGCUCUCCUUCAGAGCCUGGUCCGCAGCAGCAGCAGCAGCAGCCUCGGGUUGGACAACGCUCCUGCAAGUCAUCCUGACUCCACCGGUUUUUAAAAGCUGUGUGACCCGUGUUGUCGUUUGUUAUCUCCCACCAGUCACGGCAGCGGCUCGAGGACAAGGCGGUACAGUGACAGCACCUGUCUGCGCCCGGUUUCACCAGCAGACACCGGUUUAGCAACUUAGGGAGCUAGCUGCACCAAAAGCACAUGGACCCUCAAAACACCGACAGCACUGAGGCGAAGAUGUGGCUGAACCACGCCAAGACCCUGCGGCUCCAUACCGGGAACCUGGUGAACCGGAGCCGCCUGAAGAAGAAGUGUCCGGGCUCUCCCAGCGAGGAGCUUCAAGACUGCAUUCAAGCUACACUGAGCGACUGGUUUUCCACAACAAAGCCGCCAUCUGAGAACUUUCCAGAUACACUGGACUGCUCCAUUCCCCAGGCAACAGACGCGAUUACACCUGAGGAGAGGGAGGAGGUGAAGGUUUCAGUCAAGCUGUUCCUGUGUGAGUCACUUCAGUCGUCGAUCAGAGAUGCAGUGGAGAUGGCCUGCCAGACACUGGCAGUGUCCCAGCUUGACUCGGUUAUCAUAGCGCCACCUGGGCCCCUGGAGGGUGACGGUCAAACCCUGUCUCACCUUCAGCCAGCCUGGGAGGAGCUGGAGACCUUGGUGAGGAGCCAGCGGAUCGCAGCCAUUGGCACCUCUGACCUGGACAAAGAUCUGCUGGAACAGCUUUACAACUGGGCGCAGGUGAAGCCAAGUAGUAACCAGGUCAACCUGGCCUCCUGCUGUGUGAUGCCUCCUGACCUCACAGCUUUUGCUAAAGAGUUUGACAUUCAGCUGCUCACACACAACGAUCCCAAAGAGCUGAUGUCAGCAGCCACCUUCAAAGAGGCGUUGAAGGAGGGAACACAAGACCUGAACAUCGCCGACUGGAGGCUGGAAUGGGUCCUGCGCUACUCCAUUAUUGUCAAGAGCAGGGGCAUCAUCAAGUCUAAAGGCUACCUUGUCAGUGCAAGGAAGGCAAGCCCCUAGCACUCCCCCGCCAGAGAAGACGACAGGGAUGAAGCCAUUUUUCAUUCACAUACUCACUACACACACAACAUGCAGUAAUGGCGCUGAAUACUGGAUACUGCUAAUCAAAAUGGGUCCUGAAGUCAUUGAUUUAUCUUACAGAUAAGGUUCCAUCGUCUUCGUAUAUGAUUUGUUCAGUUUAACAGAUGCAGGUUUCCAUCAACCUCGUCUCAGUGAGAUCAAAAAUAAAAGAUGAACCCCACUGUCAGUUUGGAGACAAUACUGUGAAACUCUUAAGUUUCACUGUGACCAGUACACUUUUUUACCACCACAGCAGAAGCUUCUUUAACUAUGGAAAAUGUUGGUUGAUCCAAAAUGAAGGUUCCCUGACCCUUUUCUGAUGUGAAGUGCCUCUCAUCUUUUUCUCCUUCUAUCCUUCUACCUGCUUUGUCUCCACUGUGUCUGUGAGAAUUGAGCUUUAAACACGUUAAGUCUGAAUGAAAAGAUUAUGAUUGCAAAAGGGUAGAAAUCUAUUGUUUUUAGUAAAUAAGUAUACCAAACAUUUUGAAAGGAUAAAUGAAAACUAAUAUAGUGUGAAAAAAGUUUUAUAUUUGUGCAGUUUUGGUUGUUACUGCUGUAUAUGACACUAUUGCAUUCCACAAUUAAGAAAAACCAUGCACUUUCACAUUUCAAAUCUAAAUAUAUAUGAGCUGUUUAUUUUACGAUGCAGACUUUUAACUGGUUAAACGGACAACUGUAAGAGUAUAACUUUAAACUGUCAUGUUUUCUAACCAUGCAAUAUUUCUGACGAUGCAUUGAAAUUAAUUCCCCUUAAUGCUCAUAUGAUUCAUUUGACGGUUGAGAUUAGAGCACUGUUGAGAUUAACAGAAAUAGGCCGAUGUCAUCUAUGUGUUGUUAUUCUAUCACUGGAAACUGUGUCUGAACUGAGACGAGGUAGAAUGCUAACUCUGAAAAAGAAGUUAUGUUUAUGAAUCAUGCUAGCUUUUUUCCAGACAGGGUCCAGUUAGUCUCAUGAAGACAAAUUAUCUGUUGCGCUGUAAACAUAUUUAAUGCUAUCUGUAUAUCAUGACCUGGCUUUAUUAAAAUUAUGAAAUGCUCCUUUG